AUGAAGACGCUGCCAGCCAUGCUCGGAAUUGGGAAACUGUUUUGGGUCCUCUUCCUAAGCCCACAUCCGGACAUUUGGAGCAUCCACGGGGGAGAAUCAUGUGAUGUACAACUUUACAUUAAGAGACAAUCUGUACACUCUGUCUCAGCGGGAGAGCCCUUUAAACUGGAAUGCCCUGUGAAAUACUGUGACGACAGGCCUAACGUGACUUGGUGCAAGCUCAAAGGGUCAGACUGUUUAGGUCUUCGAGAUAGAUUUCAACCACACACAAGUUGGAAGGAAGACAAGAAUAUUUCAGUUUUUAUUCUACAUUUCGAACCAGUGUCUCCUAGUGACAAUGGGUCAUACCGCUGUUUUGUGAAUCUUUCGUCUAAACUCAUUACAAGCCACUCAACAACCAUUUAUGUGACAGAUUCAACCAGUGCCUCAGGAAGACCCUCCAAGGAAGAGAUGGCAAACACACCAUGGCUUCUUUAUAGUUUGCUUCCUUUGGGGGGAUUGCUUCUACUCAUUACCUGUUUCUGCCUGUUCUACUGCCUGAGAAGGCACCAAGGGAAACAAAAGAAGCUCUCUGAUACAGCGAGAAGGGACAUUAACAUGGUUGAUGUUCCCCAGCCCUUUAAGAGUGAGCAAACAGAAGAGGGCACUGGACAAAAUUCCCAAACACUGCCAUCAGAAACUGGAAUUUAUGAUAAUGACCCUGAAACUUGGUUCAGGAUGCAGGAAGGGUCUGAAGUUUAUUCUCAACCACACCUGGAGGAAAACAAACACGGCAUUGUUUAUGCUUCCCUGAACCAUUCCAUCAUUGGAACAAACCCAAGACAGGCAAGAAAUGUGCAAGAAACACCGACAGAAUAUGCAUCCAUAUGUGUGAGAAGUUAA